AUGUGUGGGGAAGAAUUCAGGCAACAACAGCAUCCGCUUUACCAACCUCAAUCCAUCGCAGGGUUUUCAAGGCCUUUCAAGACAUUCCAGGACCUUCCAGUUUCAACUCCGCUUGCAUUCAAAGAUCCUUCUCCUUAUUACUACCUCACUCUUGAAGGUAUCAGCGUUGAAACUAAAAAGAUUGGGACGGAUACAGGCAACAAUAGUAUCAUAAUCGAUUCUGGAACAGUCAUGACAGUCUUGCAUCCGACCAUAUACGAUGAGUUGAAAAAGACCAUUAUUGUGAAUAUUACGAAGCCUGGUAAAAGCAUCGAGCGAACAGAAGAUCCAACCAGAACAUUUAGUUUGUGCUAUGAAAAACUUCUUAAUAUCAAGUUUCCCACACUGAUAUUCCAUUUUUCCGGUGCAGACAUUCAUUUGAAACGCCAAAACACAUAUGUUCGGUAUUACGAUUACAUUUGCAUGACUAUAGCCAGACACAGUUCGAACAAUGCUAUUUCUAUUUUUGGAAGUUCUGCACAAGUUAACUUUCAGGUGGAGUAUGACCUCAACCAAAAGCUGGUCUCUUUUGCUCUAACAGAUUGUACCAAAUACUGA